GGAAAUUUUUUUUUAUGUACAAAUUGUCUUAACCUCACUCUUUGUGUUUGUUUUUGAGUGCAAGAAGUGUGCAAAAUCUCUCUUUAUCACGACUAAAUCAUGGAAGAAGACCGUGUAGUGAAGGCUAAAAAUGCCCUGGCAGAAGCUCUUGGGGAGAAAUGGGCAAAAUAUCUAAGUUACCUCAGUAUGUGGUUCCGGAAUCUCCUCACGCAGGAAGCCUUCAACCAAGAAGCUCGCAAACUCCUCACAAUCGAACAGAUGCAUCUGCAGAAUGAAUUUGUCCUGGCCAUGAUUAGCAAAACUUGCGGAUACACCCAAUCAGUUCCACUUAGGACAAUUCAGGUGCCUCCAGUGCCUGUCAACAGCAUCAAGAAGAAGCGCAAGAGGAGCUUCCGGGCAUCUGAGAGAGCUACUUUUGAGCCUCCGGGUGUUAUGGACUACCUUCCAGCUGAAGCCACCCAGGACAAUCAUCACAACACAAAUCACCAACAAAGGUUUGUGGCACAGGAACUCUUCCUUCCGGACAGUGCACUGAUAAUGGGGCGCCUGUUGGUUGGAGCUUGGGAAAUUGGUCUGGUGAAUGUGGAGGAUGCUGCUGCUGAGAUGCUUUGUGGAGCUGUGCAGACUCUUCUGAAGAACAUUCUCUCCAUGAUGUUCAUGAAGAAGAAAAUGUUCAAAUGCUCCGAAGGGGCUUUCUUCUACGAUGUCGGGCAUCCGGUUAAGGAUCCCUUUGUCCGGAAUACAGUUACGCGGCAAAAGAUUGACGAUAGACCCGUGGACAUUGACAGGGAAGUGGCUCUGGUGAAUCUGACCAGAAAUCCUGCAGAUGAUACAGUUUUCCUGACAGACUGUGGUGAGAUCUGUCCACCCAAGAAGCACAGGAUCACUGUGCAGGAUCUCUACUUAGCCUUCCAGGAUCGAAACAUCAUUCCCUCCCAUUCAGUGUAUUCCAUCAAUGCCGAGAGGAUCAGCAACAGCCUUGGAUAACGCCAAAAGUAAAAUCUCUUAUUAUAAAAGAUUCCUUUUAAAAUAAAAACAAAGAAUAUCUU